UUUCGUUCAGGAAUCCAUAACAAAUGCAUCGAUCAAGUUUAAAUAAAUUUACCAUUUACCAAUUGUACUCGAAUUUUUCUCCCGGAUUAUCAUCAUGGCUCAAAACCUAGCUUAAGCUAAACCAUCAUCACCACGAUGGAACCACCACUAAACGCGUUUCACAGAAAUCGGCAAAACCGACCAAACAUAAUAUUAUUCACCAAUCUAACCUAAUUCUAUUCACCGCACAAAAUCAAUCAAACCCAGUCUCGAAAAGGGUCUGAACCAACCAAAACAUAAGCAUCAAUCAUGGCGUCUCAAAUAAUAACCACCACCAAUUCUAACCAUUCGAACAGCACACCAUCAUCAUCAUCAUCAAACAAACGACAAUCGAGUAAUUCAAUCCAUUCGAAUCCAACAUCAAAGCAAUUAGCCGAAAUAAAUGGAGUUCAGUUAUCAUCAGGAUUAUUAUGCAGCCAACAAUGGCUGCUUUGUUGAAGUUGAAGGCUAUCAUCAUCAACACUAUCAACAUCAACAUCAAAUAUCACAACAGCCAAAUCAAUUUGUUUGCUAUGAAUCACAGCAAUUCGAUCAAAAAUUAUCGCAUAGCCAAUUUGAAACCUAUCACCACCAACAACCACAGUACAGCAGUAUAGCAUCAUCAUCAUCAUCGAGCCCAGAUAGUAACCACUACUACCAGGAUGGAUAUUAUUCAUAUCCAUCGUCUAUCGAAUCACAGUCACCACCAUCAGGCGAUUCAAGUCCAUUCGGUCAAAUUGAUAACAAUCUCGACUCAAUAUUGGAUGAAAUAGCUGCCAACGCUGAAAAUAUUGACGAUAUUCUUCUGGCCAAAAAUGAAGACGAUCUAUACAAUCUGCUUGAAACUAGCGAUCAUUACUCACCAUUAUCAUCAUCAUCCCUCGAUUUCGAUGAUAAUCAAUCGGUGGUUACGCUCAAUUCGGAAACAACAACAAGUUGCUCUCCACAACGAAAACUAUCAAUCGAUUCUAGCAGCGGAUAUUGUUCAUUCGAUUGUGAUUCCAUUGAAACAUCGUCGUCAUCAUCACUGUCACCUUCACCACCCUCAACAACCAACCAAUCAAAUGCAGCCGCAACAGAUACUAAUCGAGUAAAACGACGACGAAAUCGUCGAUGUAAACAUACUAAAGAAGAACGAGCAUUGAGGAAAAAAGAUCAGAAUAAAAAAGCAGCCAUCAAAUAUCGGGAACGAAAAAAGGUGCAAACGGAAACAAUCGAACAGAUUAUCGAACAACUUGAGUAUCGACGAGAUGAGUUGACCAUCCAAUUCAGCCGAAUCGAGACCGAAUUCAAUGUCAUCCUACCACUGGCUAGACAAGCAUUUCAAGUGGAUCCCAUUCGUGGCCAACAAUUGCAGCAAUUGAUUCAACGACUCCAGCAGAAUGGUUUCAAUCAAUAAUUAUUUAUUUCAUUUCAAACAUUUUGAUUUGCUUUGUUGACAUUUCAUUUCAUU